AUGGGCGCCACCCGGAGGAAAGCCAGCCGGGAGCCAGCUCUGCUCGCCGGGAGGCAGUUCGGCGUCCUGGUUAGCCAGGCCUCCUGCAAGUCUCUGGCCACCCAGCAAUUACGCACUGCGUGUGCCCUUGACCUUGGCCUCGCUGGGUGGCUAUCACGCAUUGUGAGCUGUAAGGCAGAGAGCUGCCCUGACCCCACGGGGCGGGCAGUGGGGGCCUAG